AUGGAUCAGAAUGAGGACAAGCGGGAAGGGGGACAAGCUCAGAGGUAAGAUGACAACUUGUUUAACUACUCAUUUUUAGCAUAAUUCUUAUAUAAAUUUGUAGCAUCACAGGAAAGAGCUUGAAAAGUCUAACCAGUUACUGUGGGUUAAACUCUGAUGCGGUCUGAUACCCACAGGGCAGUAUGCAGAUAUUUAAGAUAUGGGCACUAACUUCUGCAGCCAGUGGUGUGUGAAUGAAAAAGCUGCAAGCCAAAGUGUAAAGCUACAGCAAAAGCCCUCAAGUAGUUUCAGACCACUUGGCAAACUGGUGAUAAAAAUGAAGCCAAUGAAGAAGUCCCAAAAACUCCAGCUCCCUGACUGUCCAUUGGAAGUUGCCCCCUAACAUAAAUUAAUCCCCAUCGAGCUUUAUGUUGAAAUGUCCAACUUGACAGCAGGAAAUAGGUGCCUACAGCCAAAAGAUAGGCCCCGGGUAAACCAUGUGGAUUAUCCAAUAACAGACAGGGUGUGUAGUUGCCCUCUCAUUUCCUCCUUAAGAUUAUUUUGAUGAGUCAACAAGAGAGGGGCUCAGUUAUCUGUCCUGUGAUGCAGAAGACAGCUUUGCCUGUGUCCUCUACUCUGUGGGUUAUGAGAGACAUGAUACUGCAGAAUCAUGUUGAGAUGUGUUCAAGGAACAAAAAAGGAUUAGGACGCCAAAAAGUAUGAAGUAUGUGCUUGAUAUAUCCCUUUGCUGAUCACACCUCCAAUGGAUUGAGAGUAAAACCUGGUUUGUGGAGAAGGCAUGGUACUUAUAUGUUAAAGUCCAGGAGUGCUCCAGAGUUGAGCUCCUGCAACGAGCUGUACCCAGCCCUGAUCAAGGACUCCUGAUAAUUCUUGCAAAAACAAGGUGCGCUAAGAGUCCAAGUUUUAUCCACAUUAACCCUGAAAGUGUCUCAGUUUCAGAGGAGUUCUCUACCUCUCGCAUAUUCAAUCGAGGAGCCUCACUUUCACAGAAUGGAUUAUUUUUUGAUUUGUAUGAACAUACAGUAACUGAUCCCCGAAUCUUCCACUUAUCGAGAUGUAAGCGAGAAAAGUUCUUUACAGAAUAGUUCCUGUUUGAAAAGGAGCUGAUUCUUCAUGGUUUCUCCAAAGAGUCCAUCAGGAGGCUUUAAAGGUUCCCAGGGGUCCUUCCACCCAGCAGCAUCAAGCAACCCUGGACUCCAUAUUUAAGGUCUGUACAUGUACAGUUACUGCUUUUACAUCUAUCCUGUUAAAAUCAUCUCUGUGCUGCACUGCUGAGAACAGUGGAUUUUCAGUCCGUCUAUCGUGGGUAUGAUGUUUGGUCCACGAUUUCAGUUUAAAUGUCUCUUUUUUGUUCCAGUCGCUGGAGGAACACAUCCUGACUUUGGUGAAGACAGAGUUGAAGAGGAUGCAGGAAGAUCUUAAUUCUGGAUUCUCAGAAAGUCAGGGAGCGGUUAGUGAGGAAGGAAUUCAAGAGCGUACCAUCAGAGAGAUCACCAUGGACUUCCUGAGGAGAAAUAGGCAUGAGGAGCUGGCUGACUGUCUGCAAAACAGUAAGGGGAUUUCUUAAGAUUAAAAUGCUGACCAAAUGACAUAUUUGACAUAAACUUUAUUAAUACUGAAGGAAAAUUCAAUUAGGAUCCUUGGUUGAAAUUAGAUAGUUAUAGUGAUGUUUAAAUUUUCACGUAUUUUACUUUUUUACUCAGGAACUCCUGCAUCGGUUUGUCAACGCAGACUUAAAGCUAAGCUGAAGAAAGAGUACCAGAGAGUCUUUGGCAAUCCAGAGGGGAUUGAUACAGAAAGAAAACUUACGCCUCUGAAUGACAUCUACACAGAGCUCUACAUCACAGAGGGAGAUACUGGAGAGGUCAACGAUGAACACGAGGUCAGACAGAUUGAAACAGCGUCCAGGAAACCAGACAGACCAGAAACAACCAUCAGACAGGAAGACAUCUUUAAACCAUUACCAGAGAGACAUGAACCAGUCAGAACAGUGAUGACAAAGGGAGUGGCUGGCAUUGGGAAAACCGUCUUAACACAGAAGUUCACUCUGGACUGGGCUGAAGACAAAGCCAACCAGGACAUCCACUUCAUAUUUCCAUUCACCUUCAGAGAGCUGAAUUUGCUGAAAGAGAGAAAGUUAAGCUUGGUGGAGCUUAUUAAUUUCUUCUUCACUGAAACCAAAGAAGCAGGAAUCUGCAGCUUUGAAAACUUCCAGGUUGUGUUCAUCUUUGACGGUCUGGAUGAGUGUCAACUUCCUCUGGACUUCCACAACAAUGAGGUCCUGGCUGAUGUUACAAAGUCCAGCUCAGUGGAUGUGCUGCUGACAAACCUCAUCAAGGGGAACCUGCUUCCUUCUGCUCGCCUCUGGAUAACCACAAGACCUGCAGCAGCCAAUAAGAUCCCUUCUAAGUAUGUGGACAUGGUGACAGAGAUCAAAGGGUUCACUGACCUUCAGAAGGAGGAGUACUUAAGAAAGCGGUUCAGAGAUAAAGACCAGGCCGGCAAAAUCAUCUCCCACAUCAAGACGUCCAGAAGUCUCCACAUCAUGUGCCACAUCCCGGUCUUCUGCUGGAUCACUGCUACAGUUCUGGAGGAUGUACUGAAAACCAGAGAGGGAGGAGAGCUGCCCAAAACCCUGACUGAGAUGUACAUUUAUUUCCUGGUGGUUCAGUCUAAAAGAAGGAACAUCAAGUAUGAAGGAGGAGUUGAGACGGAUUCUGAAACAAAGUUGGAUGAGAGGAUUGAGUCUCUGGGAAAACUGGCUUUUGAGCAGCUGCAGAAAGGAAACCUGAUCUUCUAUGAAUCAGACUUGAUAGAGUGUGGCAUCAAUAUCAAAGAAGCCUCUUGGUACUCAGGAGUGUUCACUCAGAUCUUCAGAGAGGAGAGCGGACUGUACCAGGACAAGGUGUUCUGCUUCAUCCAUCUGAGUGUUCAAGAGUUUCUGGCUGCUCUUUAUGUCCACCGGACCUUCACCAACUCUGGAGCCAACCUGCUGUCAGAAGAUCCAUCAACCAUCCAUGGAUCUACAAUUCCACCAGAGUUCUACCAGAGUGCUGUGGACAAGACCUUACAGAGUCCAAAUGGACACCUGGACUUGUUCCUCCGCUUCCUCCUGGGACUUUCACUGCAGACCAAUCAGACUCUCCUACGAGGUCUUCUGACUUGGAAAGGAAGAAGCUCAGAAAACAAUCAGGACACAAUAAUGUACAUCAAGAGUAAGAUUGAAGAGGCCCCUAAUGUUGAGAAGAGCAUCAAUCUGUUCCACUGUCUGAAUGAACUGAAAGAUCGCUCUCUGGUGGAGAAGAUCCAACAGUCCCUAAAAUCAGGAAGCCUGUCCUCGGAGAACCUGUCUCCUGCUCAGUGGUCAGCUGUGGCCUUCAUCUUACUGUCAUCAGAGAAAGAUCUGGAUGAGUUUGACCUGAAGAAAUACUCCACUUCAGAGGAGGUUCUUCUAAGGCUGAUGCCAGUUGUAAAGGAAUCCAAGAACGUUUUGUGAGUCCACUAUAGUCAUCAAUAAACUCAGAUGUAAACUAUAUAAAUAAUUAACCCCAAUUAAUUCUUCCUGUUUUCUGUCAAGACUGAGUUACUGUAACCUGUCAGAGAGAAGCUGCGAAGCUCUGUCUUCAAUCCUCAAGUCCAAGUCUUCUAAUCUGAGAGAGCUGGACCUGAGUAACAACGACCUGCAAGAUUCAAGAGUGGAGAAGUUGUCUGAAGGACUGCAGAGUUCAAACUGUAGGCUGGAAACCUUAAGGUCAGAUAAAAACACAGUUUGUGCUUGUUCUUUACUGCUUAUUCUUGUACUUGUUCACUUGUAAAAUAAUGAUGUUACACACAAACAAAACUAAGUAAAACAAAUGUGGGUAACUCAAUGGCUAGUCCUCAGAUUCAGCACGCACAAUUUCUCACACUUUUUUUGCACCCCUUAAGCACAUAACCCUUUUACCAACUACUGGCCAGUGGGGUUGGGCAUCUUAAGUGAAAGGCCGACAUAAUGCACAUCUCGAUUCAAUGUCUCCGAUACGAUAUAUUAAAGAUACAUGUGUGGCAUUGUGUGAUGCAAUACAUACAAUGCGAGUUUGUUCGGUGAACGAGCCCCUCUCCUCCCCUUCUGCUGAAGUCACAGAAUCGUUCACUGGGUUACACAUGUCGUUCAUCCACCAAGUCCUGAAGGAAGAGUCACUCCCCUGCCCUGAAAAACUCACCUCUCUGUGUGUCGCCGUCGGCGGAAACAACACAGCAGCAAGCAGCAUGCCCGCUAAACAAGUGCCAGUCAUCAUUUAUACUGCGGAAAAGUGAAGAGAUUAAAAAUAAAUAAACAUCUUAGCUGUAGUGGGGAUUCUGAUAGUUUUAAAAAUAUCAAAUAGCGUAUUGCAUUAGAUCAGCCGAAAUUAAAUCCUUGUUGCAGAAAAGUUUAUAUAAUGUAAAGGCACUAUGAUGCACUGUUUUAUCUUAGCCUCAGUGAACGAACCGGUGCUCAGCAGUAAGUGAAUGGCGCUACACCGCUCUCUCCUCUGCCUGCCUCAAGUCAUUCGGAAGUCGUUCGUUUCGUUCACAGUCUGACUGGUUCAUGUUGUUCACAGACGUUUCAUUCACAGACUGACUGAUAUAUAUCGUUCAUCCGCUGUGAGCAUGAGACUCCACCCGCCCACUAGCUAGCUGGCUGUGUGUCAUUCGCAAAAGAGUCAAAGGUGGCAGUUUCACUCCCAACUGGCACACCAGGCUUGUGGCUGAGCUCAACUGAACUGAAAAAGGAACGAAUCAGCUCUUAGAGUAAUUCCAUUCACAUCGUUCUCUCAGCAUCGUAUUAUGAACGAAACGUUCAUAAACAACACAACACGAGCAGGGAUCUGCUUUUCAGAGAAUAGAGUUUAGUGUUGCCAAACUUUCGAUCUACAACUCAGAUGAGGAUAAAUUUGCUCAGCGUCCGACAUGUUGGUUUACCUUACUCCUCCCACUCCUUCUCACUGCUAGUAUUUAUCCACGGCACAUGUAGUGCAUCUGCGGAGCUGAUACUUUAGUUUGUAGUGUACAUCCGCAAGUCUGCUGAGUAAGUCAUGUGGGUCGUAGAAAUUAUGUCCUCAAAGCGGUUCAGUAACAUUAAAAAAAAAAUUAAAGUAUUAAACGGAUCGGAUUGUAUCGAUACAAACAUUUAAAAUUUGAUACAUCUGAAUAUGUAUUCAAAAUUGCAUUCACUCUUAGCUACUCUACCAAUCGCUCGCAUUGUGCAUGCACGUGACCGCGUAUCGAUUAAUCUUUUCAUCCCUACUGGCCAUGCAACAAGAUAUGCCUCACCCCAACAGCUUAAAAUUAUGAAAGAAAGUCAACUGUGAGAAAGAUGUAGCAAUAAUUUCAAAUGUAGAAACCUUUACAAAAUGCAGAAUGUGUGCUUUUAGCUCAAAGCCCUGCAGCAUGAGAAAAGAAGCUUUUCCUUGACUAACUGUGUUUAGCUUGAUGUGACACAGAUACUUUCUGGGAUGUUACCAUUCAACAGCUGGGGACCCAUCUUGGGUUUGCCUUGCCACUGUGAAAGCAUCUUGAAGGGGGCGUCAGCUUACCCCUGCAGCUGGUUUAUCCUUAGGACUGUGACUUUGAGGCUAUUUACUAGUCCUAUUUACCAACCUGAAUAACUAACUGUAAAUUCAUUUUCUUCCUGUUGUCUGUCCAGACUAAGUUUCUGCAAGCUGUCAGAGAGAAGCUGUGAGGCUCUCGCUUCAGUCCUCAGCUCUAGGUUUUCUCGUCUAAGAGAGCUGGACCUGAGUGACAAUGACUUGCUGGAUUCAGGAAUGAAGCAGUUGUCUGAAGGACUACAGAGUUCAAACUGUAAACUGGAAACCUUAAGGUCAGAUCAAGACAGAGGUUGUGCUUGUUCUUCAUCUGUUUCCUACUGUAGACACAAAGGCACUGCAAUUCUUGUUGGUUUGUGUCUAUACAGACUGUCAGGCUGCCUGAUCACAGAGGAAGGGUGUGCUUCCCUGAUCCUUGCUCUGAGACGCAACCCCACCUAUCUGAGAGAGCUUGACCUGAGCUACAACCAUUUGGGUGAGUCUGGAGUGAAGCAGCUGUCAGCUGGACUGAGGAAUUCACAGUGGAAACUGGAAACUCUAAGGUAUGAAAUGACAUGCUACAUCUUAAAACAAUAGAGGAAAGAGCUGUUAACAAUUACUUGGUGCUCAAUUAACCCAUUCAUCCACCCAUCCACUCACCCAUCUAUCCAGGAGGCAUCCUUAUCAGAUGACUGAACCAUUGCAUCCAGUUUCUUUUAAUGUAAAGGAGCAACAGCUCUACUCAAAGUUCCCUCUUGCUAUUUCCUUAUCAAGGCCAGAGGCCAGAAACCCUUUGGAAGAAAACUCUUGCAUUAACAAUUGGUCACUACCCAAAACUUAUGACCGUGGCUCAGAGUUGGAAUGUAGAUUGGCUGGUAAAGUGAAAGUUUUGCUUCCUGGCUAAGCUCCCUUUUACCCCCACAGCCUUUACCACAGGCUCCUUACAUCAUGGUCUUGGGACUGCAGUCCCACUCAUUCCCUUCCUGCUCACAUCAACAUUCAGAACACCACUUUGUAUUUCUCUGUCUUGCACAUGGGAAGAGCUGGUUGAGGGCAGAGAUGUGCAGACAUGUCCUCUUAUGACUUAUGAAACUGUACACACACUGUAUACUCUGUAAAGUUGGUCAUCCACCUCAAGCUUGACUGGGACACACCUUGGCUGGUGUCACUGGAGAGUAUUCAGCAGCAGAGUCUCAGGUUGGUUGUUCCAGUACCUCACCAGCCUCAUCGUAUCAUUUCCUGAAACAUUCUUAAAUCAUAUGUUGCCUUAAAAAAGUGUGGUUGAUUUGCCAAAUGAAGGCAGAGAGAUGACCUUAUAGCUCUGUUUACUGGUCCAUUGGAUUGUCCUCUUUGGUGAAGCACUAAGUGUGUUGAUAAAAGUGUGGCUGGACACCUGCUCUUUAAACGCUGUAGCUAUAGUGAGGGCAGCAUUUGGGGUGUUUGGUUGAAUGCCAGUUCUAUGAAAAAGUGUAUAUUAUUGGAAUGUGUUGCAAAGCCACUAAGCUGGACAUGCCAACGGCUCUAUUGUUGGUUUUAAAAACCAACGCAACUGUUUUCUAUUAUUACCCAAGGAAGCACCAAAGAAAAGAAAAAGUUUUAUUCGUAGCUGGCUAGAGAUGGUGCCAGUUUGUUAAUUUAUACCAACCACUUCACUUUGAAUUGCUUCAGCAAUAAGGGGUUACCACAUAAAGCCACAAUAGGAGGCUCAAAAAUAUUACCUCUCUAAUUUUAAUGUAGCAGUCAGAGACAUGCCGGUGUUAACACAGGUGCAACUCUUAUACAGUUUCCCCCUCCUGUUAGGUAGGGUGACCAUUAUCUGAAUCCCCAAAAAGAGGACACUAGUACAUGGGGUGGAGUCACGUGCAAAACUUUGAGGAUUUUUCAGGUCGAGUGUUUUUUACAUGCUUCUAACUCAGUUGGUCCAUGGUACACAAAGGCAAAAUUUCCAUACAAAACCCCAGACCUUUGAAGGAUUUUAUAAACUCCCCCCAGACAGGCCGGACAUCACUGGGAAAAGAGGAUGUAUGGUCACCCUACUGUUAGGGGUCAAAUACUGAAUCAAAUGUGGGAGUGCUGGUGUGGGUUCUCCUGGGGGGCUCACCAUGUUAGUUUGGAUGUUUUUGCACCUCUGUAUCUAGAAAAUAAAUGGGUUGAAAGCCUAUGUUGAAUACAUGCCUGACCCUGUCCUUUUUUUCAGGGUGGAAUUUAGUGGAGCCCAGUAUUUGAGACGAGGUCUGAGGAAGUGUAAGUGUGUACAGUUGGAUUUUAUAAUUCUAAACUGAUGCAGAUUCAAACAAUCUUCUUGCUUUGACAUCACUGAUUCAAAUCUCUGCUGUUGUGAGUGAUUUAUAUUCUAUUCUCUGUAAAACUGCAGCUGUGUUGUGUCAUGUUUCCUCCAUCAGAUUCCUGUGAAAUCCGAUUUGACAGAAACACCAUAAACAAAAAGAUCAAACUGUCUGAAAACAACCAGAAGUUGACAUAUGUGGAAGAGGAUCAGCCAUAUCCUGAUAACCAAGAGAGGUUUUACCAUCGUCAGCUGCUUUGUGAAACUGAACUAACCGGUCGCUGUUUCUGGGAGGUUGAGUGCUCAGGAUACACUGAUGUAUCAGUCAGCUACAGAGGAAUCAGCAGGAGAGGAGAUCGGGAUGACUGUUUAUUUGGGAGGAACACCCAGUCCUGGUGUCUGCACUGCACUGACAGUGGCCGAUUUUGUGCCUGGCACAACAACCAAGGGAUCAUCUCCUCCUCUCGCUCCACCUCCUGCGUCUCCUCUGUCGUGACCAAAAUAGCAGUGUAUUUGGACCAUCCUGCUGGAACUCUCUCUUUCUACUUAGUGUCUUCUGGCACACUGAUCCACCUGCAUACUUUCAAAUGCACGUUCACUGAACCUCUGUAUCCUGGGUUUAGUUUUCAGUUCUGUGGUCCUGGUUCCUCAAUGAAGCUGUGUUCCCAGUAA